AAAAAAACAACUAUUCUCCUUGCGCCCACCCCUCUAAUGGUGUGGCUGGACAAAAAUAAUAAUAAAAACAGCAACAGCUUCAGACUUCUCGAAUUUGAAGCAUAAAUGAUUCAUCCAUCAGUCAACUCUCCCACCAACAUGGAUGAAGAAGAAUCGAUGCUUUUAGAGAAAGAAGAUGAAGAAGAAACUAACGUCAUUCAUCAACUAAUGAAGCUGAAACGAAGUCAAUGGUGGAUCUUUGUCUUCAUCAGUAUUUUCUUCCUCAUAUUCCUCAUAUCGGCUCAAGCCGUAGCUGUUCUCCUCGGUCGGUUUUACUACGGCCAAGGAGGAAACAGCAAAUGGAUUUCCAGUCUUGUCCAAACCGUUGGCUUUCCGAUUCUUUAUCUCCCUCUUCGUCUCCUUCCUGCUUCUUCGCACCCUUCUUCAUCUUCUUCUUGUUCCUUCAAGACUGGUUUGGAUAUAUUUUUCUCUUGGUCUUGCUACUGGUUAAGACAAUCUGGUAUACUCUCGAUGAUUUGGAAGUUCAAAGAGCAAGAAAAACUCAAGAAGGAUGCAUUCGUCAUUGUGUGUUCUAUUAGUAAAUAUAUAUAUUGUAAAUUUAAGAUCAAUAUUUAAAGUACAAUUCACUCGAAUAACCAUUUUUAAGUUUUUGUCACAAAAAUAGCAUUCAAAAAAAAAAAAAAAAUCAAAAUAGCUCAUUUGUUUUUUGAAAUUUUUAAUAUUUAUUUUUUAUUUCUUAAAAUUUGAAACCAUAUCUUCAAAACCCUACCUCCUUAACUCUAAACCCUAAGUCUAGGUUAGUUAACCCUAGGGUAAAAUGUAUUUUUACCCUUUAAUAAAAUUUCUUUUGGUCAUAUUUUUCAUUGAAAACUAUUUUUGUGACAAAAUCUUAAAAAGAGGUAUCCUAGGGAAUUUCUCAUAUUUAAAACAUAAAUUUCAGUAAAUGUGUUAUAUUAUUGAAAGUUAAUGAAAAAUAAAAGCUCAUUAACAAUAAUUUAGAUUAAACAUAGAAUUAAAAAGUGUGCGCCACAAUUUCUUGAUAUUGCUUCAUAGGGGUGGGCACUUCGGUUAUUCUCGGUUCGGUUUGGUUAGUUCGGUUCUAGUAUUUUUUCAACUGAAAUAAACCAUAGUUAGUUUGGUUUGGUACGGUUCGGUUCGGUUUGGUUUAUAUUCGGUUUGGUUCGGUUUGUUUUUUGCAUCAGUUUAGUUAGGUUCUUCUUAGUUUAUUUUUUUUGUAAAACAAAUUAUGUUUUAAAACAUAACUUAUGUAAACAUAAACUAUGAGAACUAAAUUAAAUAUAAAACUGAAGCAAAAACCUUUUAAGAAGUCACAAAAGUAUAUAAAGAUUAAAGCAAAUGAAAGUUAACUAAAAAAAAAGCCAACAUCAUUAGUAAUGUCUCUUAUGUCAUUAUUAAAAAGUCUGCAAUGAAUCAUCUUCUAUGUGACGCUAUGGAGAAAAACUUUUGUUUUUAAUAAAAUUUGCUUCAUGUUUUAUGUUUAGAUUUAACAUCCACGUUUACAUAUAUAAGAAUAUGAAAAUACCGAGUUUUCUAUUUUUUUAAAUCAAAUAUUUUGAUGAUUACAUAUUAGGUUAAAAGAAUAUGUGUUAAUGAACGAAAAAUGGAAAAUACGUAGUUUGGUAUUAGAAUUUUAGUAUAUUGGUAUUACUAAUAUUUUUAAUUUAAAUAAUUAUAAAACACAUCGGUUUCUCGAAUAACCGAACUGAACCGGACCAUUAGAGUUGGAGAAAUCUUCAACCGAAUGGUUUGAAAUAGAUUUUGGUUCGGUUUGAAUCGAUUUCGGUUCGGUUGGUUCGGUUUGACUCGGUUCGGUUCUGUUUUUUGCCCAUCCCUAGUAAAUAUUACUUGAUAACAUAUUAUUGUAGAAAUACAUUAUUUUAAAAAUAUUUUUGUAUUCUAUUUUCUUAUAUUUAUUUUCCAGCUGUGUUUACAUCUGAUGACUUCUCUUCUCAAAAAAUAUGGAAUGCCGGAGGCAAAAGAAACACAUGAUCCGGAGGCCGGAAAUCAGGAUCCAAGAGGUCAGCGUCCUACUCUAUCCAUGAGGAUCAGCUCUUGGAUUAAUAAUCCCAAACAUUUAGCUCAAAAUAAAGAAAAAUUACAGCAA